AUGGAAUUGCCAUUAUCUGAUCACUCUGUCAUCUUUGCAAAACUUGAUCUUAACUCAAACAAGAUACAAGAGUGUCUCCCAACUAAUAGUGAGUUUGUGUCUCCUAUCUUAGGGAAUCUCUCGUCCCUUCUCUUCAAAGCCAGCUUCUUUUCAAUUUCACAUAAUAAUUUAAUUGGAAAAAUCCCUUUCUCAAACUGCAAUGCAAGUAAUCUGGAAUUCUUGAUAUUGUCCAAUAACCAAUUGAGUGGCACCAUCCCAACAUGCCUUGAUAGUAGAAAUUUGAGGGUACUAAAUUUUGAGAGUAACAAAUUAGAUGUUCCUAUUCCUCUUAUUUUUAGAAGUGGAUGCGGUCUGCAUGCACUUAAACUCAAUAGAAACAUGCUUCAAGGACAAGUUCCAAGAUCAUUAGCUUACUGCAAGGAAUUGGAGGUGUUAGAUAUUGGGGUCAACCAGUUGAAUGAUACCUUCCCAUAUUGGUUGGAAAAUCUCUCUAAAUUGCAGGUCCUUGUCAUGAGAUCUAACAACUUUGAUGGAAUAUUACCAUUGCAAUAUAUUCUUCAUUGGAAGGCAAUGAUGAAAGAUGUGAACAAUUCUAGAUUGCAUUAUGUCAGUUUUCAAGGUUCUGAAUACUACUAUCAAGACACAGUUGCAAUUGUGCUCAAGGGAAUCUACAUAGAGAUGGGUCAAAUUCCAUCUUCAUUGGAAAAUCUAAGAGAACUCGAGUCAUUGAAUCUUUCAAGAAACGCUCUCUCAGGACAAAUCCCUAGCCAAUUGACGAGUUUGACAUCCCUUGCAAUCUUGGAUCUAUCUGAUAACAACCUCACGGGGAGUAUUCCGCAAGGCAAUCAGUUCAACACAUUUCCAAACACUUCCUAUAAGGGUAACAUAGGAUUAUGUGGUUUUCCGUUGUCAAGGAAAUGUGGAACAACAGAUGGAGCAUUAUCUCCAAUGUUGACAUUGCAACAAGAAGAAGAUUCAACAUGUUUACUUGAUUGGAAAUUUGUCAUAGCUGGAUAUUGCUCUGAUUUGACAAUUUGA